GAAGAAAUGAAAGAAAGAAAAAGAGUAAUGAUAAGGAGUAGGUCCUCGCUCCAGUAAAUCGACAUGAAGUUUAAAGUCCUGUUCUAUUUAUGGUGGCUGGGCCUAAUAAAGCCAGGCUCCUCUGCAGGUGUCUCUGUGGCCCCGGGCUCCUCAGCUGUCCUGAACUGCUCCUUUACACUGUAUCCUCCAGUCGAUGAUUUGCUUUUAAAUAUCACCUGGUCCUAUGGUGGUUCAGUUAUUGCCUCAAAGAACCACACUGAACCAGGUUUCUUCCUGAACACCACUGCUUCCUACAUUGCUUCCUUCCCAUUGACUGUUUACAAUACCACUACAGAACAGCAGGGGGUGUAUGAGUGUAGAGUGAGCUACAAUGAGACAGACUACUCAACAGAUGUCACCUUGACAAUAUUAGUUCCCCCGUUGGUCUCCAUCAUCUCACAUGAGGUGGUUCUGAGAAGAAAAACUAUAACUGAAUGUCAUGCAAAGGGUUUCAGUCCACCACAAAUUACGUUUACUUGGACACAAAAUGGAGAGCAAAUCCAAGCACCCCAUAAAGUGCAAGUGAACCGUACAGAAGAUGGGCUGUAUGAUGCAGUGAGCUGGCUCACCUUUAUCCCUGAACUCUCUGACCAGAACACAACCUUUGGCUGUGAGGUGCACCAUACAGCCCUGAUGAAACCUAUUAUAGAGGAGUUCAAGCCACAUGUGAUCGUACUCCCAAAGGUCACUCUCUCCACUGUCUCCUCCUCUUCCCACUCUUCUCCACUUACCCUCUCCUGUGACAUCAGUGGAUUCUACCCAGACAGCAUAUCCAUUCUAUGGAUCCAGAAUGGAAGGGUUCUUCCUGAGCAUCCCUUGUCCAUGCAGAACACGGACAGAAUGUACAGAACACAUCGGUAUCACACACUGAGUGUAGAGGAGAGGAGCAGAGGAGGAGAGGUGAAGUGUGUGGCCCAGCAGCCACAUGUGUCAGAACCUGUCUAUGGAACCAUUGACUUGUCCAUUCUUGACUCAAGAGUGCAAAACCAAGGUCUGAAUAAAUCAGCCAAGGCUUCAGUAGCGAUGAUGAUCAUUUCACUCACUCUUAUUUUCUUGCUCUGUUUUGGAUUUUCCUGGAAGAGGAGGGAUGAGAAGCUGAAGACCCUUAACAUAUCAGCGAUUGUUCUGCCACCCAGGGUGGUUGUGGGCAAGAAAGGCAGAGUCACCAUCAGUGUGGAGGGCAGGCUGGCAGACCGAGUACAGACGACAUGGUUUCUGAAUGAUGUCCCAAUAACAGACACUUCAUGCACAGAGAAAAAAUAUGGUCCUUUUCACUCAGCAGCCUACACUCCUCGCAACUCUCAUGUGUCUAUGGGAUCAGAGAAAAGCCUUCUGCUGCCAUCUACAGUACAAGGAUAUUAUAAGCUACACACUCAGCUGCCACUCCUGUCCUCUGGCUCAAACAAACAACUCUUCUCUUCCCUCUCCUUUAUACCCAAUCUGUCCAUUCAUAAGGGCGCAGUCUUCAAAUGUCAGAUUUCAUAUAAGGGCAAAGACAAGAUUGUGGCAGAAAGAGUGUCAGAUAAGUUUACGAUUCUAGCACCACCUGAAGUUUCAGAGAUCCAGUUCUCAGAGCCAAAUGAGGAAGGAGGUGUCGUGACACUAACAGCCCAGGCCUCUCACUUUCAUCCGGACAUAGUCACCUUCCGCUGGUUCUGUAAGGGAGGGGAGCUGAGCCCAGUGUCCAUCUCUCCAGCUUUAGCAGCCCCACGGCCUGAUGCUGAAGGCUUCUUUUCAGCCAUGAGCCAGUGCAGGCUGCCUAAGGUAGAGCUGGAGAGAGGAGAAACCAGGGUGUGGGUCACUGUUCACCACAUGGCCCUUAAAAAGCCCAUCACACGCGAAACCAGAGGGUUCAUUAAAAAGCCUGCACUUUCAGAGAUUAUCUCCGCUCCCCUUUCAUCCAAUGAGGACGAAUCUUUGACCCUUGCCUGUGACAUAUCUGAUUUCUACCCCCCUGAAAUCUCGGUCAAAUGGCUGCAUCUCAAAGGGAAUAAGAGUGAGGAGGGAGAGGGGAGCAGCCAGGAAAUCAAGAAAGGAGCAGAGGUUUGGGGCCCUUUGCAAACUCUGCCGAUGACAUUUAGAGCAAAAGCAUUCCUGAAGGAGGUGGAUAAAACAAUGAGGGGAGGUGAAAUCAUUUGCAGAGUGAAGCACUGCUCACUCCUGAAUCCCAUUGAGAAAGUUUGGAGAAAUCCUCACCUUGUUGCUCCCUCUAUUCCUCAUUCUCUGUCGGUGCACUGGAGCAGUGAUGGUGUUGGAAUAUUCUCUGUCCUUCUCUCUGGAGGAAACCCAAAGGCUGAACUGCUCUGGGCAGCUGGUGGCAUGACUGUCUCCAAGCUUUUAUCAAAAGAGAGAGAAAAUAUAGACAGUGAGGGAAAACUACAGCUGAAGAGCGUUUGUGCUCUGAUGAGGUCUACAGGACGACUGGAAAGACAGGACAGUCAUAGAGGAGGACAUACGCGCAAAAUAAGGCCAACUGUUGUGGACUGUAAAGCAGAUUGUGCAAUGAUGAAUGAAUUUUUGAAUGGAAUGAAAUCCGUAAAUGACGACCGACAGACUGAGUAUAUGGAAGAGAAUGAUCAGGAAGAAGAAAUGGAUCCAGCCUUUAUUAACACUGUGAUCUUGAGGAAAGAGAAGAGAGAGCGACUGAGAGUUACAGUGGAGAUUAUCCAUCCUGCACUGAACUUGCCUGAAUACCUUACCUGGACAGAGACCGCAGAGGAAGCAAAAUCCUGACCUCAUAAUUAUUUUGAGGUUCCAGACCUGACCUUCUUUUCUGGACACCCACUCAACUCUGUGCACAAGAUCCUACAUUUGCUAUUAUAUUUAUUUUUUUCCUAAACAUGUAUCUUUUCUUUUACUACUAAUUAUGUAAUGCUUAACACAACAGAAACGUUGCCAUUCACUACAUAUUUGUGAAUUAUGU